GAAAGUGAGAUGAAAGCAGUCAGGAAAUAUGGUGAAACUCUUCUGUGCGGUGGUUGGAGCGGCAGGGAACGCAUUCCCCGUGGAUAUUGAUGCGAGCCAGUCGGUGGGGGACUUACAGAAGGCAAUCAAGGUGGAGCUAGAGUAUGACUCUGCGGCGAUCAAGCUUCAGCUGUACUUGGCCAAGAACGGCGCCACAUGGCUGACUGAAAAUGAGGUCAAUGGUGUGAGUGACACCAGUGGUCUGACACAUCUGGAUGCCGGGCGAGCGAAGCUCUGGCGCGUUGGUUUGUCUGAUGAGGACAUGGUCGAAGUGGAUGAAGAAGGCGAAGCAGCAGGAAAUGGCUUUGUGAAUGUGCUGGUGGUGGCUCCUACCGAACGACGAGGAGCAUUUGACCCGUUUCCCGCGCAGGAGCAUUUGACCCGUUUCCCGCGUUGGUUCCGGCAAAGAAGCGAAGGGUCAAUUUGCGUCUCGCGUAUGCAGGACCGCUGCAUCUAGACGAAGUCUCGGUUCCCAUGGAUACCAUUGCCGCGUCAGA